CCACUGGUGGACGUUCCCUUGACUUUCUGAUGAAAUCUUUUGGUCGCACUACGGAAAAGAGCGAGGUAGCUGGAGGCCAAGCUUUUGCCCUCAAAGUCCUCAUUAAUGUCCCAACAAAGGGUUUGGGACUCGUAGACGACACCAGAAGAGGUUUUUUGUUACGUGGAAGCGGAUUCCUUUGCAGGGGAGGCACUUUAGGCCAUAGACGAGUUGCGAAGCUAAGAUUAGUUGGGCUAAGCUAAAAUAAGAUAAGGUAAAUUAAGACAAGCCGACCGGGGGAGCUUCCGGCCCUCUCCGAUCGGCGUCCGGAGACGAACAGCAUGGCUUGGAUGGGGUCUUGCCAGGUCUUCGGUGUUCACCCUGCACCGAAUGAGCAGCGGAGUGGUCAAAGCGCCGCCGACGACGACCUCCACCGGGUCGACGUUCGCCUUGCCCCGGUGCCCACCGGCCCUCACUUUCGCUGGGCAUCUCGCCAAUCCGAGUAAGCACAAUGUCUCUGGGAAGGACGCGCAUCCAUUGCGGAAACUUUUAAGUGGCAAGCGGGGACAAAAGUGGACUCGAGUUAUCCGUUUGACGUCACGGUUGUCACAUUUUCAGCUUCUGGAAACUGACCACUCUCAAGUGUUGCUUGUGUGCGAUUGAGAACUCAACUGAAGCAGUAGGAGUAAAUAUGUUGAAUAAUGUCAGCAGCGAGGGCGGACUACCGCACGGGCGGAACCUGGCCUCCGCGACCGCCCUGCGCGGCUCCUCUGCCGGCCUGGCUGCUCACGACAGCUCGUGGCUCGGCCUGCUCUCGGUGCUGUCCAGGCCCGCGCUGUCUUUCGUCUCCAAAUAUCUUCCGGGCCUUGUCGGGGGAGGCGGUGCAAGCACCGGCCCGGUGUGGCAGCCUGGCGUGAGCCGAGCAGAUGUGGCCCAAGAGCAGGACGAGCUUUGCGCGCCCUGGCUCAGCGACAGCGAGCAUUCCCUCCGCCAAUUGGAGAUCGAGCCGGGACGGAAUCCCGAGGCUUCUCCUUCCGGGACCUUCUUUGCUUGGGACGUGCAGAAGGACGGGAUGAAGGCCCGGUGGAGUGACUUUCGGGAAGGAAACCCGCUGUCCGCUCCUUGGUCCCACGCUGAACUGGAAUCAGUGCAUAAGCACUUGGGUGUCUUGCAAAGCUCACAGUUGACAAAAAAGCAGUGCCGCAUUUUUGUCUCUGGCGACCGGUUGGUAAAAAACGCUGGAGGCGUCGUCCACAAACAGCAAGCGUCAGUCAAUGCAGGCCCGGAAGGUGCCCCGAAUGGCGGCGACCAGGACAAUGGCUACUACAGCCUGGAGGAGGAACACGGCCUCAAGCUUCAUGCGUGUUUCUCGGUCAGCGUCAAGCUGUCGGACGUGCCGGGUCCCGUUUUAUGGGACGGACUCCCUAAUAAAACGGCAGGGGAGAUGGAGGCGGGUCGCGUGCCUGAAGAAGGCCCACCCUUCAAGAUGGCGACGGAGAGUCGUGAGACUGCCGUCGACGGUCACGCCUGGCAAUCGGCCGCGGCGCUCUGCGAAGCACACGUAAAGCUGCCGGAUGGGACGGACUCCGCCAGUCAGGCGGCCGAUAAGACGGAGGUGAAUCGCUUGACCCGGACGGCAGUGCCGCAAUGCCGUAACGCCAGCAUCGCCUUCAUCAUGGGCUGCCCGCGCGGCAGCGGUGAACAUGACAGCCAGUCAGAUGCAGACUCCGCCCAAGACGAUGGCUUUGACAGUUCGGGCUCGUCUGACCUCUCGUCGGAUCGAUUGUCAUCCGACGAAGACGGAGGAGUUUGCGACGUGGCGGAUGAGGAGGUGGGGCGUCUGCUUGCAUCAGUGUGUCACCACGACGACUCGUGCAACCCUCCAAACAUCAGUGCCUGUCUCCACACGGCUUGCGCGGAGCCUUGCUCCAUUCCUGCCACCACCGCCUCGGGUCAGGACGUGUGGGAUGACUCCGGCGGCGAGGCAGACGAAGCUGACGAGGCAGAAAGCCUCCUGCUGUUGGCGUCGAUGACCCCCUCCGACCCUUACAGUUUGCUCAACUUCCAGGAACCGCUAAGCACCGGGAAAGCACCGGCUCUGCCCCCGAGGAUGGAUAGUGGCUUGGUGCGACCUUUCACCCAGGCUAAAAAGGUUCGCUUCAGCGACGUGGUAGAGGAGUUCUUGAUCGCGUCAGGUGCCAAUGUGGCUGAAGAGGACCGUCGGGGGCCAUGGGAGCAGCUGGCGCGUGACCGAGGCCGCUUCCUGAGGCGUUGCCGGGAGGUGGAGCUCACCCUGGCUUAUUGCCUGCAGCCCGAGCAUCGACGUCGGGCGUACUGCCGCAUCACCGGGCACCACACCGAAUAGAGUGCCAACGCGUCUGACAAACGAGCCCGAUCCCUCAAUGCCAAAUGGAACGCAACAUAUUGCCGUUUAUUUUCCCCUCCAGCCUAUGGGCUCUGUUUUGAUUGAAAACCAAAGAGUGUUCACCUGACCGCUGGCCACAUGCUCAAAAGUAUUAAGACUCCGGUCAUGCAUUAAUUUACAUGCGAGAUCCACGGAGCGGUCACGUUUCCAUGUCAUUUGAGGCGCACACACACACAAACAAGACUUUUAUUGUGAGGGGCCACCUCUGUUUUGAGAGUUCAAAUCUUUUUUCAAUGAAUGGAAAAUUAGAUGAUAGCCCCACAGCAAUGAUACCUCUGGCGGGGAACAUAUUUUAAACACAAAUGCUUCAAUUGUAUUUUUGUAAAGAGCGGUCACUUUGUGGGGUGACCUCCUGCUGUUGUUUGCUCAGCUGAUCAAUAAAAAACAUCAACAGCUUGGUGUUUGCCUAGCAA